AAAAACGGUGGUUGUCGAGAGGUUACCUUGCUAUCGUAAAAUCAAUUAAACUUUGUUAAAAAAUUAUUAACUAAUGCAACAAAGUAUUACCAGUGAACUGUAUUAAGUUUUCAUUGAUCUGAAAUGGCUACGUGGUCUAGGUUCCAAAAAAUAGCGAUUAUAAGUUUAGGUGCUGUUGGUGGUGGUUUUGCCUAUUAUCAAAUAAACAGUACAAGGAGUGAUAAAAAAUUCGAUGUGCAGAACUCGUGGACGACGAAUUUCACGCCCAGUGUGAAAUGGGACAAGAAUUGGGACCAUCGAGAGCCAGCGAGCUUAGUGAAGCCUAUACGUUCCGAUAAGCCCGAGGAAGAAAACAGGUACAAUGAGCAAUUGGAGAAGUCUAAAAGCAAAGCUGUCAGGCAUUUGUUCCUCAUCAGACACGGCCAGUAUAACGUGGACGGUGUAACGGACAAAGAAAGGACAUUGACAGAGUUAGGUAGACAGCAAGCCGACCUGACAGGCCAGAGGUUAGCAUGCCUCGACAUCAAAUGGGACCUACUGGUGCGGUCAACGAUGACACGUGCUCAGGAGACCGCCAAAAUCAUUGCGCAGCAUCUCGACAAAAAUAUUGAGGUCAAAGAUUGUCAGCUAAUUGAGGAGGGGGCUCCUAUCCCACCGGAACCACCUGUGGGGCACUGGAGACCAGAGCCAAGACAGUUUUUCCAGGACGGCGCGCGCAUCGAGGCGGCAUUCCGCCGCUACUUCCAUAGAGCGCCGCCGGAGCAGACCCAAGAUAGCUAUACGCUGCUGGUGUGCCACGCCAACGUGAUACGAUUCUUCGUUUGCAAAGCCCUUCAGUUCCCUCCCGAAGGCUGGCUGCGGAUAGCGCUCAACCACGGCUCAAUCACCUGGAUCUCCAUCCUGCCUAGCGGGAACGUGGUCCUCCGCACCCUGGGCGAGACGGGACACAUGGCCCCCAAAUAUAUCAGCAGCCGGAAUAAUCCGACUUAAGUGAUGCUGAGAAACGCAGACGAACGGUAUUUAACGUAGUAUCACUGUGCCGUAACUUGCUUUUGCACAGGCUUUUGUGUACCUUACAAGAAUACAGUAAUUGAAAUCUAAGAAAAACUUUGAAAAUGUAACAUUCGUGAAGGUUUGACGAACAGAAAUGUUAUAUAAUUCGCCUUACAGCUAGCGCUAAAAGUAACUUGUAAGUUCUUUUAACACGUUUAACGCCAUAAUUUAAAAAUAACAAUAAAUUAAUCAUGGUCAAAAAGUAGCUUUAGAUUGUUUUUGGGUUCACUUGAUGUUUUAGAAUAUUUUUUUAAAAUUUCUUUAAAAAAACCGCGCAUAGGUUUUCUUCAAUUUUAACAAAAAAAAAAUAGAACCGACUAAAAGGUGUUCGCUUUGCAGUAUUUGUAAUGAGACAGAUAAUUUAAUUCCCAAAAUAAUGUGAAGGGAAAUUCGAAUUUAGAAUGCUAUGUUUUUUUUUGUUGUAAAAUAGGUCAUAGUUUUGAUUGUCAGCCAGUGUUCUAUGGACAAACUUCCGAAUGAUUAUGCCAUUAAACUGUAUUGUUGUAACUUACACUUAUUAUUGUAAUAGCACACCGUAAUGAAGAUCUAUUGUUGACAAAACAAUAGAUCGAUUUGUAGAUGCUUGUUCGUUACCACAUGUCAAUUAAAUGUGUAGUUUAGUGUGUUGUUUAGAUUCGAAGACCUAGAUCACACCACUGCCAUUUUCUACAAAAGAAAUGUCAUUACUGUCAUAAUAAAAGUGUCGAAGACUCUCACUAAGACCACCCUCUUUUUAUACAUAUGUAUUUUAAUUUUUUGAAUGUAUUUUUGUUUUGUUUUAAUGGGUAAAGUGUGCUAAAUGUAUUUCAUCGUCUUGUAAUAUUUGUCCGUCGUAGAUGUCAAGGUGUCCACAUUUUGUAUCCCCAUGUUCAUGGUUCUUAAUAUUCAUUAACACCAUCAUUUGUUUGCACAAUUAAUAAGCAGUUACAGAGUGUUUAAAAAAUCUUUACUAUUUCUUUAUACUUUUUAUAAAGAAGAAUAAUUAUGUUUAAUUAAUUAGAAAACGAUUCAAAUAUUGUUUAUUAAAUGAUACGUUUAUGAUGUUAGUUACCAAAACUUCUCAGCUCUAUUCUAAAACGACACUCAAAAUUCAAUCUUCUAUGUAUUUCAUGUAGAUUCAUAUUUGUGUGCCAUUUUUACCAGUUCUACCCGUAUUUAAACUAAAAAUAUGUAUAUUAUUAUUGUUGAGUGAAUUUUUAAUCGGUUGUCAUUUCUGUAUACGGGCCUUAAGCUCCAAUGAAAUAUGGUUAAUUUUUGCUUGGAAUUCAUCAAUCAUUGGCAGGCACAAUCCAUCAUUGUAAAAGCCACCUUAUAGUGAAUUGCAAAAGAUGCAAAUUAUGUUUUUUCCUGUUGCGUUGUUAGCUUGAGAAUAAAUUGAUAAAUUAAUGAAUUUAAUGAUCAAAUAUUAUGUUGUUACUUUAACAAAUUGUUACUUUAUUUGUAUUUGAUAACACUGCCAUAUUCGAAUAGCUACAAUUUGAGUGCCAUUCGCAAAGUGAGUACCUACAAUACCUAUUUAACUAACGUAGAUAAUAAAUUAAUUAACUACUUUUAACUACAUUGGGGUCAUCAAACACACAUUGUCAUUAUGUGACUGCACAUAAAUGCAUUACUAAGUGUGGGAUCCACAAUAUUUUGCCAUAGAUUUUCUAGUUAAACAAGUAGGUAAUUAUUUCUUUAAUUAAAUGUAUUUUUCAGAUACUUCGGAAAUUCCAUUUGGUAAGUUACUCUUUGCGAUGGCAACAUUUAAAUUAAUGCUUAUCCGAAUUUUUACCUUGUUGUGUAUUAGGAAAAUAUACAAUUAUAUUGAAUAAUAAUAAUAAUAAUCUGUGCUCAAUGUAUUUCCUAACAUAUUCGGCUUCAAGCAACUUUGCCUUUGUAGUCAAUCAAAAUACCUCCAUUUUAGAAGCCAAUGUGAAUUUGUAUCGACAUGUAUAUAAAAUAAGCUGUAAAUAUUUUGAUAUGUCAAUAAAAUUUAUGAACAAAAGA